CCAAUGGGCGAUGCUUAAUACCUCUCUUCCCAGCAAUUUUCAUCUCUCUCUAAAAGCCACAGGAAGAAACCCUAGAAAGCUGCCUCUUAGCUUUCUUGCUUCACCCUCCGAAGUUUGAUUUCCUCUUAGGGUUUCUUGAUCUUCUCAACCUAAAUCGAAUUGGAAGUGAGUUAUAUUUCUUUUGAAGAGGCAAAGAAAGAUUGAAUUUUUUUGAUCGACCUGUUGGAGUUGUGAUGAUGACUUUAUCCAACACUUAUCAACAGUGCCAUGGUAUCAGAUAUUGCUGCUGCAUUUGGGGAGGAGUUGGUAGUCUUAGUUUUUUGCUGAUAUUUUCGACAUCUGAACAUGCCAAAGGAUAGAAGAGAUCGGUCUGUGUCUUUUGAUAGAUACAGGGCAUCUCCUUUCCCUUGUAGCUCCAGUCGUGGAAAACGAUCUUCACCCAAAAAAUCUUCAGAAACCGAGAAGGAAGUGAAAGAAUGGGAAGAUGCCAGGUGCCCUGUCUGCAUGGAACAUCCUCACAAUGCUGUUCUUCUCUUGUGUUCUUCCAAUGACAAGGGCUGUAGACCUUACAUGUGUGACACCAGCUAUCGCCACUCCAAUUGUCUUGAUCAGUUCCGCAAGUCAUUUUCAGAAUCCUCCUCAACAGUACCACUGCAAGAAGAAAUGCCACCCUCAGACACACAGUUGUCCCCCAUGGUGACUUCAGAAGCAACAGAUGUCGAUUUGCAUGGAGAGAGGAGUGAGGAAGGUCCCUUCACCAUGCAUACCAUAUCUUGUGAGAAUAAGACCCAGCCCAAGCUGGUGUGCCCUCUCUGUCGGGGGCAGAUUAAUGGUUGGACUGUUGUGGAGCCUGCUCGUCAUUUCAUGAAUGCAAAAUCAAGAAGCUGUGCUUGUGAAACUUGUGAUUUUAGUGGUACAUAUACAGAUCUCAGGAAGCAUGCAAGGCUAGAGCACCCCCUUGUGCGGCCAUCAGAAGCUGACCCAGAACGGCAGCGUAACUGGAGAAGAAUGGAGCGACAGAGGGAUCUUGGAGAUUUGCUUAGCACACUUCAAUCUUCAUUUGGAGAAGAAAGGGGUGAUGACAGCAUUCUUCCAAUUGAUGAAGGUGGUUGGCUGACUGUAUUUUUCCUUAUUAGAGUUUUCCGUCCUAGUUCUAGUUCAAGGAGCAGCAGCUGGUCUGGCACCUCCAGAGCCAGAGCUCAACUGACUAUCAGAAGGAGGUCUACAAGACUCUGGGGGGAGAGCUAUGAGGCAGAAAGUGGCUCUGCUUCCAGAGAUGAGGAUAAUGAGUCUUCUGAUGGUGGAUCAGGUCCUUGGAGGCAUGCCCGACCCCAGCGAAGGACAACACCAGACAACGAGCCAUGACUGUGAAGAAAUUUAUUAUUUCUUUGGUUACAUUUUGUUUAAGGGGGGGUUCAUGGGUGAGUGGCAGCAGUAGUCUUUCUAAGGUUGCUGUUGGUCUCAUACGUAUGACCCAAUUGUUUGUAUUGUGUUUCAGGUGGAACAAGGAGGGAAGAAAAAAUCAAAGAAAUGCAAGAUCUUUUGCUUGUGCUUCAGAAACCAUUCCUCCAGAGUGUGGAAUGGUUCUCUUGCUUACUAGAAAUCACAGAAAUGGGUAUCAAAGGAGUGAACAAAUUGUAAUUUUUUUUCCUUUAAAGAAGCUUGAAUCUAGUCCAGAAGCAUUUCUUCAGGAUGUCCUUUCUUUUGCUUUUUGCUCAAAUACUUCCGUAAUUGUUUGUAUUUGGAACUGGUAAGGUUGAAUUAGUUUCACAGUCGUUGGUUCCACAAUAGCAGAGUUACCAACAACCAA